AUGAAGUUCUUAUCGCAAAUGUCCCCUGACAACGAAACAAAUCACGAAAUAUCCAUCAGCCAUACAUGGAGACGUAAUCUUGCUAUACGGAUUGAGGCUGGAGAAGGCGAACUUCAAUGCUCCGUUACGACACAGGGUGCUCACUUCGUCUCCCCACCACCGACGCCAGCGUUCCACUAUGAUAUACCCAUUGAACCUUUUGCCAAAGACCUUAUCCACCGGCUCAAAAUACUCCGCAUGCUACAGAAUCUUCGGAUCAGCCUUUAUGGUCAAGACUUUGCCGAUGAUUGGCCUGUGUCCAGGACACCGAGUGAUCUUGUUAAAGAGGCUAGGGCAAAGGUCGAAAAGGAACGCGAUGACUAUUUGGCAUCAUUAGAUGAGACAAUAAACACAGAUGAGGAAGAAGAGGAAUGGGCCAAGGAAAGGGUACGGAAAGGACGGGAGAUCCGUUUAGCGAAAUGGUAA